CAUCCUCAGCAUAUAUAGGAAGGAAGAAAAUGACUUCGAAUGCUUUGCUUCUGAUAGGCUUUCUGGUUUCUGUGUCCCUUCUCAUUUCCAUGGAGGUGGCAGCUCGGCAGUUCGGCGAUGAUAAGGAAAAUGGAAGCAAGAAGUUGCAGCCCAAAACAGUUGCAAAGUAUCCCCAUGAUAUUGGUGGUUACAAUCAGGGCCAAGGUGAGAACAAUCAAAAUGGUUAUGACAACUUUGGCGGCCCCAAUGGCAAUGAUUGGCGUCAUGGCAGUGGUGAUAGUUAUCAUGGUGGUGAUGGUGGUUAUCGUGAUGGCAAUGAUGAUUAUUAUGGCAAUGGCCAUAACCAUGGUGGUGAUGGUGGCAACAAUUUUGGAGGAUAUCAUGGUGGCAAUGGUGGAAACUAUGACGGUGAUAGUGGCUACCGUGGCAGAGGAGAAUAUCACGGUGGCAACCACGGUGGUGAUGGUGGCUACAAUGGUGGAGGAGGGUAUCAUCGUGGCAACUACGGUGGCGAUAAUGGUUACCAUGGCCGAGGAGGAUAUCCUGGUGACAAUGAUGGCAAUGGUGGCAAUAACGGUGGUGGUGGUGUUGGUGGUUACCACCAUGGAAGAGAUAGAAGAGAGGGUGGUGAUGGAGAUGGUGGUUACUACCAUGGUGAAGGAGGCCAUUAACACCCUUUCUAUAGUGAAUGAUGUCUUUGAGAACACUUCUUCAAAUGCUAAAUAUUUUGAAUAGUUAAGAACUUUAUAGCAUGUGUUAAUUAAAAUAAGCUAUGAAGUGUUUAAUGUUUCUAUAAUAAAACCUCUUUGUAAGGAUAUAAUAAAUUAUAUAU